CAUGGCGUCUGCGGAGUCCGGGCGCCGUGCCGCCGGCUCUGGGCGACUGGACAAGUACUCGGUGCUUCUGCCCACCUACAACGAGCGCGAGAACCUGCCGCUCAUCGUGUGGCUGCUGGUGAAGAGCUUCUCGGAGAGUGCAAUCAACUAUGAAAUUAUAAUCAUAGAUGAUGGAAGCCCAGAUGGAACAAGAGAAGUUGCUGAACAGUUGGAAAAGAUCUAUGGGUCAGACAGAAUUCUCUUAAGACCACGAGAAAAAAAGCUGGGACUAGGAACUGCGUACAUUCAUGGAAUAAAGCAUGCCACAGGAAACUACAUCAUUAUUAUGGAUGCUGAUCUUUCACACCAUCCAAAAUUUAUUCCUGAAUUCAUCAGGAAGCAAAAGGAGGGUAAUUUUGAUAUUGUCUCUGGAACUCGCUACAAAGGAAAUGGAGGUGUGUAUGGCUGGGAUUUGAAAAGAAAACUAAUCAGAUUAUACCGAAAAGAAGUCCUACAGAAAAUAAUAGAAAGCUGUGUUUCUAAAGGCUAUGUCUUCCAGAUGGAGGUGAUUGUGAGAGCCCGACAGCUGGGCUGCACUGUGGGUGAGGUUCCCAUAUCAUUUGUGGAUCGAGUUUAUGGUGAAUCCAAGUUGGGAGGAAAUGAAAUAGUCUCUUUCCUAAAAGGAUUAUUGACUCUCUUUGCUACUACAUAAAAGAAAUUAUUCAUUAAUGUUUACCAUGUUCAUUUCAACUUAAAAAGAAGCCUGAUUACUAAUUUUUAUAAAUGUACCCUUAGAGCCUGAAUUAUAAGGUAAGGUCAAUUUUGUACAAAUCUUUUCUCUGGAAAAAGCCCAUUUUAUUUUCCAAAUUAAAAUGUAUAGUUAUUGGUUUAAUGAACAGUGGUGUCUAUUUUCAUGUGCAUUUUCCUGUAUGAAGACAUAAGAAUAAAUGCAUGUAGGUUUUGCAUAAGA